GUUCUCCCCCCUUAAACUUUGUUGUAGUUAAUAUGUAACCAGAAGAACAUACUUGUACUUUGUUUCCCCAAAUAACAGAAGCAGUUUACAGAACUCGUCUGGAUCGAGCUGAAAGGUUCAGAGUUCAAACCUUCCCGAGCUCCAGCUAUGGGAACCCACAAACUGGAAAUGCCGUUUAUUUUCCUGCUAACCUGCUUGUCCUACAUGGCUCCUGUCCAUCAAGCAGCGCCUCCAAACGCCACCAUCUCCGAUCUUUCCUACAAGAACAUGGACUUCGCCAUGAACCUUUACAGAAAAAUAUCCAGCCACCACGACAGGAACGUCUUCUUCUCUCCUCUGAGCAUCUCCACCAGUUUCGCCGCCCUGCUGAUGGCGUCUGGCGGCGUGACGCACCAGGAGAUCCUCAGGGUACUGAACUUGGAGCAGUUGGAGUCGGCCGACCAGCCGCAGCUCAUCCCGAGGCUUUUCCAGCUCCUUCAGGAGAACAUCGCGCAGAACGGCUCUCUGAAACUGGACCAGAACAUGGCGCUUUUUGUGCGUCAGCAGGUGGAGGUCCAGAAUGAGUUUGAGGACAAUAUAAGGACGUUUUUCCACGCCGAAGUUAAAAGCGUGGACUUUGCGGACACGAAAGGGAGCGUCAGUUACGUAAACGAGUACAUCAGGCAGAAGACGCAGGAUAAAAUUACCGAAAUGAUUUCCACACUUGAUGAAACGACUCAGCUGCUGCUGAUCAACAGCAUUUUCUUCCGAGGUGCCUGGCAGUCGCCUUUUAACUCUGAUUUGACCAGAGACGCUCCCUUUUACAUCGAUAAUUACAAUAUACUGCAAGUUCCCAUGAUGAUUAAAGACGACAAGUUCUACGCUGCGGAGGAUAUUCCCCUGGGAGCCAGACUGCUGAAGCUGCCAUACCAGGAAGGCGUCUCCAUGCUUAUCCUGCUACCAAACAAGGGUAUCGAUUACACUGUGAUUGACGAUGAGAUCAGUGCUGAGAAGUUCCUGAGCUGGGUCAAAGACCUCCGCAAAACGAGACUGGAAGUCAACAUGCCCAAAUUCAAGAUGGCGGAGGAAUAUUCCCUGCAGCGUCUUCUUCCAGACAUGGGCAUGACCAACCUGUUCGGUAGCUCAGCGAACCUUACACGCCUCAGCAUAGAACCAGGUCUCAAGAUCUCAGAGGUGCUGCACAAAGCUGUGGUUGAGGUGGACGAGACUGGAACGACCGCGGCGGCUAGCACAACAAUCGGCAUCAUUCCCUACUCUCUGCCCAGGAUGUUCGUCAUCAACAGGCCGUUCUUCUUCUUCAUAUACCACGAAGACACUAACUGCCUCUUGUUCAUGGGGAGAGUUAUUAACCCCUCCAGCAACUAGUUACUGCACUGUUUAAGCUCUGGAGAAGGCAGUUUAUGUAUUUUCUUUAAAACAACAUCAAUUGUUUGUGCUUUACAGGGUUUCAGUAAGUUUUUAUGUCAAACUUAGUUAAUCAAAUAUGGCCUUUGAACUUAAAUCAGUAUUUUUCAUGAUUUUCUGACUUUAACACCUAUUUACAGCUACUAACAGAAGGUUUUGGUGAACUUUUAAAAUCCCACUUUUAAGCCAAACCUAAUUAAAAACAUUCCAAUAACAACUUAAGUAAUGGAUGAGAUGGUUUACAUUUUAGAGGUCAGUGGUCACUUCACUAAAGUUUCACAGGAAUUACGGACCACAACCGACUGAAUAGUUAAAAUCCACAAAUACUUGAGGGCUACUUCUAAAAAAAAGAAAGGUUUGUAACUUCAACUCAACCAAAUAUGCAUAAACAAACACAGUUUCAAAAAGAAAUUCAUAAAAAGGGGGAUUUUUUUGUGAAUAAUUUGUAGUCAUGUUCCAAAUUGUUACUUAGGUAAUAUUUUGUGUACAAAUUUGAGUCACGUUCCAAAGACAAAUUCAAAGUAGGCAGAUUUUCCACAAAUAAUUUGCAGUCAGGUUUCAAAGAAAGAUUUGUUACUAAGCAAUGUUUUUGCUAAGAAGUUGGACUCGCAUUCCAAAAAAAAAAAAAAAGCAAAUAGGGGAAUUUUCUGUAAAUAAUUUAUAGUCAUGUUACACAGAAUUUUUCUUUUUGCAAAUAAAUUCAAGUCAUGUUCCACUUAAUGUGUAACCAGGAAGAUUUUUUGUGAAUAAUGUGGAGUCUUGUUCCACUGAAAAAUUCACAAACAGGUGAUUCUGUAAAUACUGAACUGCAGACAGACAUGGCUUCACUGCCUCUAAAAAUAUUUUUGUAUACAGUUAAGCCCCAAAUUGUUUAUGCAGAAGACAGAUUUCCAUUUAAAGUAAUCUUUUAUUUGGACUUUAAUCUGGUAUAAAAUUAGUGCAUGGAGCUAAAGAUUGGAGUUAUGGCAGUGAGGCUCUCCAAUCUCAAAGACUUUGUGCUGAUCACCGAGGAUAAAUCAUGAAAAUACCUGUUAAAACUUAGCAAAAAUCGGUCAUCAAUUAUAAAAAGGGACUGAUUGUUCUAAAGCCAAUAAAGGUUUUUUUUCCAUUACUUACUGAAAAGGAUAUAAAUAAUUUUUAAAAUGCUAUUUUUUAAAAGUAUUACUCAUUUUACUUUGUUUUAUUAUCUUUUGAAAGAUUGUCUCCCAUCAUCUAGAACUGGAAAUAAAAUUCUUGGUAUCAAUAAAACAAUUUUAACUGUU